GGGAAUAUAUGUGGGUUUGAAAGUGACGUUCUAGUCACACAAGUUGACACGUGAUUGUAAAGUAAUAAUAAUAUUAAAUAAUAGUAAUAAUAAUUAAAUAAUAAUAAUAAAUAGUAGUAGGGGUAAUAAUAAAUAAUUUGAAUUGUUUAUGAGUUUGGCGGGUGAAUAUUAAAUUUAAACUCUGGUAUUAAUUUUAGUGAGUGUGUCUUGUCACAAUGGCGGAUGACGAAGUGCUCUUCGAUGAUGUUUACGAGCUGGGAGAAGUUAUUGGCAAGGGACCAUUCAGUUUAGUAAGAAAAUGUGUAUUAAGACAAACAGGACAAAUAUUUGGUGUGAAAAUAGUCGACGUAGCUAAAUUUACAUCAAGUCCUGGUUUAAGCACCGCUGAUUUGAAAAGAGAGGCAACAAUAUGUCACAUGUUAAAGCAUCCACAUAUUGUGGAAUUGUUAGAAACUUACAGUUCCGAAGGGAUGCUCUACAUGGUGUUCGAAUAUAUGGAUGGUUCAGACCUUUGUUUCGAAGUUGUUAGACGUGCAACUGCUGGAUUCGUGUACAGUGAGGCUGUAGCUAGUCAUUAUAUGAGACAAAUAUUAGAGGCAUUAAAGUAUUGUCAUGAAAAUGACAUUAUUCAUCGAGAUAUUAAACCACAAUGUGCAUUGCUAGCCGGUAAAGAAAAUUCUGCGCCCGUCAAGUUGCGCGGAUUUUGUGUUGCGACCCAACUGCCAGCCUCCUCAAAUAACACAGAGAAUUACACGACCGAGUAUCGACAGUAUCUGAGCCCGAAGGGGCAGCUGUACUUGAAGACCGAUAGCGAGGGAAGGGUAGGAUGCAGACAUUUCAUGGCCCCGGAGGUGAUCCAACGCCGUCAGUACGGAAAACCUGGUGACGUUUGGGCUGCUGGUGUCUUAUUGCACGUCUUGUUGACAGGCACAUUACCGUUUUUGGGAUCUGGUGAUCGUUUGAGAGACGCAAUAUGUCGAGGGCGUGUGCAAAUGGAAUCACCAAUAUGGGAUUAUAUAAGCGAGCCGGCGAAAGAUUUGAUCGAGAGAAUGUUAACAGUUGAUGUUAAUCAUCGAAUAACGAUACAGGAAGUUCUUAAUCAUAAGUGGCUUAGAGAUAGAGACAAGGGUGCUGCACGUAUUCAUUUAAGUGAAACAAUCGAGGAAUUGAAAAAAUUUAAUUCUAGAAGAAAGCUCAAGGAAUCUGUUAGAAAAGCCAUUGACUCACCAAAGUGGCAUUUAGAUAAUUCAAGUGAUAGUUUUUCAGAUGUGGGUGAUGAUGAUAUUAUUUCCAAAGAUGCUGUAGAUGAAAUACUCGAUUCUUUAGACGAUAUUGAGAUUUUACAAGAGAGUGCGAGACUUACACGUGCUGAAGUACUUGCUGCUGUUGAUGAUUAUUGGUUACGCGGGCUAUUGGAGUUAUACGAUAGAAUUGAAACAAAAAUACCAACGCCAACUCGUCCGCCACCAACAGAUGCCUCAAUUCGCUUGCGUGAAGUCGAGGAAUUAUUGCGGGAACUAGAAUUAUCAAAAUUUCGUAAUAUUGAUCUCUGUGAUUUACAUGAACUACAGGAAUUGCUCAGUCAACCUCAUAUUAAGUCAUUACUACAAGCUCACGAUGUGGCAGGCCACGAAGUGUACGGCGAAGAAGCGACACGAGUCACUCCACCCCCGAUAUUCCCAUACCUCAACGGCGUUGACGAUAUCGAGGGUCAAAAUGGAGACAUGGACGUCGAAAAUGUCACAAGAGUUAGACUUGUACAGUUUCAAAAAAAUACCGACGAGCCCAUGGGGAUAACAUUAAAAAUGAAUGAAGAUGGUAAAUGUGUGGUAGCGCGAAUAAUGCACGGCGGAAUGAUUCACAAGCAAGCAACCCUUCAUGUACUAGAUGAAAUUAAAGAGAUCAACGGGAUCCCGGUUGCCAAUCAGUCGGUUAAUACGCUACAGAAAAUGCUCCGCGAAGCACGUGGCUCAGUGACAUUUAAAAUUCUGCCCUCGUAUAGAAUUGCACCGCCACCAUGCGAGAUAUUCGUACGCGCUCAAUUUGACUACGACCCACUUGAAGAUGAAUUAAUACCAUGCGCGCAAGCAGGGAUAGCUUUUAAGACAGGUGACAUACUACAGAUCAUCAGUAAGGACGAUCAUCAGUGGUGGCAAGCAAGAAAAGACAAUGUCGCGGGUUCCGCGGGUCUUAUUCCUUCGUCGGAGCUCCAGGAAUGGAAAAUUUCAAACAUGGCUAUGAGAAAAAAUAAACCAGAACAAGAUGCUGAAGGGGAAGGUGGAUGUUCACCUCACACCGAGGGCUGUGAUAGCUCUGUGACAGUCAAUUGCUCAAUUUUUGGCCGCAAGAAAAAACAAUAUAAGGACAAAUAUCUGGCAAAACAUAACGCGGUAUUUGACCAGCUGGAUCUGGUUACAUAUGAGGAAGUCGUUAAAGUACCACAUGAAGCAUUCCCCCGGAAAACACUAGUAUUAUUGGGAGCACAUGGUGUUGGUCGUCGUCACAUAAAAAAUACAAUAAUUGCCAGGCAUCCAGACAAAUAUGCCUAUCCAAUUCCGCAUACAACGAGGCCUCCACGAAACGACGAAGAAAGUGGGCGCAAUUAUUACUUUGUCACACACGAUGAAAUGAUGACUGACAUCAGCGCAAAUGAGUACCUUGAAUAUGGAACACAUGAGGACGCAAUGUAUGGAACAAAAUUAGAUACAAUAAGAAAAAUUCACGAAGAAGGAAAAAUGGCGAUUUUGGACGUCGAACCUCAAGCACUUAAAAUAUUACGUACUGCUGAAUUUGCUCCUUAUGUUGUUUUUAUUGCUGCACCCAUCGUACAAAAUCUUAAUGACUACGACGGAAGUCUAGAGAGACUCGGAAAAGAAUCAGACAUGCUUAAGCAAGCGUACGGACACUUUUUCGACCUGACAAUCGUCAACGACGAUAUCGACGAGACAAUUGCACAACUCGAAGGAGCGAUAGAUCGAAUACAGAAGACACCCCAGUGGACGCCCGUAAGAUGGGUCUACUGACAACGAUCACCCUCGCGUACUUCAACAUUGAUCAGCUGCAACGGUACACAGGAUUAUUAAUUUUAUUUAUUCGGAAUAAAUAAAUCGAGAGUACAUCAAAUAAUGAAAUUAAAACAAAAAAAAAUAAAUAAAUGGGUCGCUGACCACGUGUUCAUCAAUAUUAACUCAAUUAAACAAUCUAUUAUACGCAUUAUUUAAUAAAAGAGAUGCUACGAGAGAGCUGGGACCGAAUUUAGACCUUUAGCCUCUAGACGCGACUUAAACGCUAAUUAAAUCGCUAAUUAAAUUAUUUAAUUAAUUAAUUACGAGACAGAAACAACCGAUUUAACAAUUAAUCAUUUUUAAGAUAAUAGACACUUUUUAAUCAUUACCUUGCAUUUUUAUCUUACAAAUUAACUAUUUACAGUGCGUUUUAUUGUGGGCUGGAGUUCUAUUCUGUUGCCUGGAUUUUAAUUGAGGGACUAUUUUUCAUUUAAUUUUUUACCAAUAAAUUUUGGUAUCUUUCGAGGUAAAUUAUGAGUCAAAUAUUGGAAAUAUCAAUUCGCGGAAAAGGACCUUUUUUAUAGGAAAUUUGAUUCUCUACAAAAAAGUUUCUCAUGACUUUUCAUGUAAAUUUGAUAAUUUACAUGCAAUUGCAAUUUCAAGUAUUCGAAAUUAAAAUUUUGUUUAAACUUCAAAAGAAAAGUUUUUUUUUUACUUUUAAAUUGUGGGUCAAAUAUUGGAGAUAUCAAUUCGAGAAUAAGGACCUUUUUUAUAGGAAAUUUAAUUCUCUAAAAAUGUAUUCCUAUCCAUUUUUACCCUACCUCCAAUAGUUUACUUACAAUUUAAAUAAUUAUAAGUCAAAGUAUAAGUUUGAUUUAAAAUAAUUGAUGAAAAUUUGUUUAUCGAAGCCAUCAAUGAUAUCAAAAAAUUACACUGAUAUCAAUUUAUAGAUUAUUAAAUUUCCUGAAAAAAAUGUCCAAUGACUUUGUGUCUAAACCGAAUAGUUGUGCCAUAAAUAAAAAUAUCGCCUCAAUGCUCCAAUAAAAAACGCAAUUUCGAAUUGAAUAAAAAAUAAAAUUAGCUAUUAAAAUAGAUUAUUAGUACAAAAAAUUAUUAUUUUGUCAUCCCGAUACGAGGUGGAAACGUAAAAUGCCCACUUGUACCCUCUCAAAUCUCUUUCUCUCUUCUAUAUUGUACAACUCAUGUUACAAACGAUUAAAAAAAAAAAAAAAAUAUAUAUAUAUAAAUAUAAAUCCAAAAAAAAAAAAAUUAAAAAUAAAAAUAGGAAUAAAUUCGUCUGGUAGCGAACUGAUUAAUUGCAAUAAUAAAUAUUUCAAAACGUAGUCGUAAUUAAUCGAAAAAAAAAAAAAAAAAAAAAAUCAAUGAACUUUUUAAGCUCGAAUUUAAAAAAAAAAAUUAAUUAUAUUAGCGUGUGCAUAAUUGAUUUAAUUAUUAAUAUAUUUUCGAAAUAAUACUCAACUUGGAGUAAUUGCAAUAAAUUUCAUAUCGGACUCUAAUCAAAUUUUUUUUUUUAUAAUUUAUUUCUAAACUUAAGGUAUCAAUUGAAAAUAAUUAAUCACAGACAUAGUAAUUACUCCGAGUAGGGUUGGAUAUUUUUUCUCUGACUAUAAUUAAAAAAUAUUAAUGAAUUUUUUUUCAAAAAUACCCUCAAGUCUGGAGAAUAUGAUGAUGUCAUUAAUUUAUUUUUAAAAAUAGAAAAAAAAAUUAUUAAGAAGAAACCAGAGUACGAAGUAAAAAUUUUUUUUUAUUCAAUUAAAAUUUUUAUCCCAGGGUUUUAUUCUCCAGACCCUACGGUACCAAAUUAAAAACGGAAUAUCAAUUUUCCUUAAUUAGGAGCCGAAUAAUAAAAAUAAUUGAAUUUAGUCAACAAAACGCUUGAUUUAAUUUAAAAAAAAAAAUAAUUAAUUAAUUUGCAUAAUAAUUUAUAUUUAAUAAAUAUAAUGCGAAGGCUCGUGUGACAUCUCAGAAAAAUUUAUAAAAAAUAUGGCAUAAAUAAAUAAAAAAAAGCCAUCAUGUGAAAAAAAAUCGACAUGUAAAAAAACAAAAAAAAAUUCCAAAGCCAAAGCCUUUGCAUGUAGUCUCUAAAAAAACCGCAAGUCAUUAUUUAUUAUGUUAAUUGAGUGAUUGUUUAAAAAAAAAAAAAUUGAAAAAAAAAAUCGAGGAGUGAAUGAGCGAGUGUUUGAGCGAAUAAAUAAAUAAAUAAAUAAAUGAUGGUUUUGUAAGAUUUUAUUAUUAUUUGUAGUGGCCAUUGUCCAUCGUGAGAUUUGAAAACUAAAUAAACGACUGACAGAUAAAUAAAUAAUUAAUUAAAUAAUUAAAUGAGGAAUAAAAAAUAAAUAAUUUAACUGACGUUAAAGACGACGACGACAUUGGAGCCCACGUGGAGUAAAAUGGGCUAGGGCUUUAAAAAAAUAAAUGAAAUUUGAUUAUUAUUAAAAAUAUUAUGAUGAUUGAAUAAAAUAAAAUAGAUGAAUUUUAAAAAAUGGGGAUGAUUAAAAGAUGACGGGUCUAAAAAAUAAAUAAAAUAAAACUAAAUAAGUUAAAGUAAAAGUAAAAUUUAAAACAGUUGAUUAUAAUUGUGUAAUUACGAGCAAAAAAAAAAAUUAUAAUAUGUUGUUAAUUGAAUUAAUAAAAAUAGCCCAAAAAUGAA